AGACCCUGACCGCACCUCCAGUCUAUGUCUUUGGAGACGAUUCAGAUCUCGUCUCUUGUCAAGGACUUUCGUUGCGUCAAGAAUGGAGGGUCAGGUAGGCUGGACCUCCGUGGGGGGGGUCCUCACCAACCUGCUUGACGGCAACCCGAUUGCCAUCGCCGUUGCCAUCGUCAUCGCCUUUGGGCUGCCGGUCUUGCUACACAUGAUCUUUUUUCGAGCAGCAGCGUCCCCUCCCCUGCGCAAUUUCUUGCUCUUGGGACCGAGUGGAGGCGGGAAGACCGCUCUCUUUUCCUUGCUCGAAUCGAAAUCGUCUCGUAUCCCUAAACCCGAACCCCUGACCCACACAUCGCAGACCUCGACCUUGACGACCGUCGCUCUGCCUGCCACUGUCACAGCGGCUUCCAACCGCUACCGUUCCGUCAACGACUCGUCUCUGUUGGAUAUCUCGAAGAACCCGGUGCGGUACCGUGUGCGGGAUACCCCCGGCCAUGGCAAGCUGCGUGAAUCACAGGGGCUCUCGCAGCUACGAGAGAUGACCCAGUCGAAGGAAGCAAGAGAGAGGCUGCGUGCUGUGGUCUUUAUGGUUGACGCCGCGGCUCUCUCUGAAGAAGAGGCACUGAGAGACACGGCCACGUACCUGCACGAUGUGCUGUUUGUCCUGCAGAAACGAGCUCUAGACAAGGGAAAAUCGGCCGCGAAAGUUGCCGCGGAGGUCCCCGUGCUGGUGGCGGCGAACAAGCAAGAUCUGUUCACCGCGUUGCCCGCCGGUUCGGUGCGGGAGAAGCUCGAGGCGGAGAUCGAGCGGGUGCGCAAGUUCCGCAGCAAGGGUCUCAUGGACGCGAGCGCUGGCUCUGGAGAGACGGGCGGCGAGGAUGAGAUCCUCGGGAAUGACGAGGGGCAGGAGAAGUUCACUUUCAAGCUUCUGGAAGACGAGGUCGGCAGCAAUGCUGAGCGGGGGUCCGGGGUACGCAAAUGGGAAGAAUGGAUUGGAAUGUGGUUGUAACAUGUAAAAAAGAACUGAUGAUACUGACGAGUAUAUCACUAUUACUAGACGUCUUGGCUAAAGCAAAAGCAUAUAAGAUAGUUAUUGAAAUAAUUGAGUUACAUAAAUCGAUUUCCACCGUUCAUGAUUCAUGACGUUGAGGAUAGCAUGGAUAUGACAUCUAGAUAAC